AUGGACAUAGUGAGGCUACACGGGGUCCCUGUGAUGGUCAUUUCGGAUAGAGAUCCACGUUUCACUGCUCGAUUGUGUCAAUUCGCUACUCUUCCUCAACCUCCUCGCCGUGUUCUCACGCCUCUACGCUGUUUCACUACCUUUUAUGCUUAUAAUUUAGCUUUUGAUCCCUCCAAAUCGCCUCACUACAAAGUUGUUUCUGUUAAUUUCUCUUGUGGAUUGCCUGAUCAUUAUGAACUCGAGAUCUAUUCUUCCGAAACUGGGAUCUGGUCGCCCUCCGGUGACCCUUUCACCGGUGAUGUUAGUUUCAAUCUUGGUGUGUUUUGGAAUGGUGCUCUUCAUUGGAUUUCCACCUCAGGUGGCGAUUCUUUGUAUUUCAAUGUCGACAAAGAGCGUCUUGAAACAAUGCCGAUGCCUCCUAUCCCGGAUGGUUGGGAGGAGAGGAGGCUCAGGUAUUUUAGGGAGUCUCGUGAUCAUUUGCAUCUCAUUGAGAUUUACGGUCCUCACACUACGCAAUUCAAUGUGUAUGAGAUGGAGAGGGGCUACUGUGGGUGGUUUGUCCAGUACCGGGUUGAUCUUGAUGCGAUUCCGAAUGUAUUCUCGGAGAUGAUUCGCAGCUCACUUGAUCCAUCAGACUUGCAUUACUAUCAAUUUGUCAUACUGGGUCAUAUACGGGAAAAGAAUGAUGAGUAG